AGGGAGGCGAAAUCUCAGAGCAAUAUAUUUGCGGGAGGGCGGCUGCCUAUGCUCACUACUGCCUGCUGUACGAGUUUACAUUCUGACAGCUUUUCAAACACAAAGAAACACACUUCACACCGCGUUCCGACUUUGAUCUUGGACGUUUGUGUCGAUAUCGUGGCUGCGCGCUUGUCCACACCAGAAGACUCGAUUGCAGCUUCCUUCGGCCGUUCCACCAAUCAUGGCCGAACUCACGCCUUCUCCAGACAUUAGUCCCGUGUCAGCAGCAACCACCAAUGGUCUCUUCCCGCGAGACUCCUUUUGUCUUAAUCUUUCCACUUUACCGGACGCGAGCGGCUUCAUGCUCAAGUCUGCACUUCGAUCUCCUCACCUCCUCGAGUCUCCGAAUGGCCUUUUUUUUGGUGGUGGUGGUCUGAAUUCAUACCGAAAGCGGCCCCGCAACAUGUCUCAGUCAUCUGGUACCGAUCGUGAGAUGUCCACAAACGGAACACCGCCCGCAACGAAUCAGGGAGGAUCCUCCGCACCCACAAGCAUCAAUUCCAACGGCACCAGCGAUCAACGGUCUUCGAAUAAGAAGCGUCCCAGUACUGACACAAUCGACUAUCCAAGGCGACGUGCUACUAUCGCGUGUGAAAUAUGUCGGUCCAGGAAAUCGCGUUGCGACGGUACGAGACCAAAGUGCAGGCUUUGUACAGAACUCAACGCAGAAUGCAUCUACAGGGAACCAGGUAUCAAGCUGGACGCUGGCGAUAAACUGAUCUUGGAACAUCUCAAUCGCAUUGAAGGUCUUCUGCAGACCAGUCUCACCAGCACUUUCUCGUUAGCCACUCACUCACCAACAAUAAGCAACGCCACAAGUGAGGACUACCUCGGACGCAGCAACGGCCAUCUGUCCAGCCUGGGCAUGGUACAGCCAAUCAACGGCAUCGGUACGUGGACCAAUCAUCCCUCCAACAUAUCGACCAUGCCAAAGACGCAUAACACUGCGGCUUUGAACCUGUUGUCCUCCCCUAUGAUUCGAGAGCUGGUUUCUCGUCCAUACGACCCAAAGAUCCUACUUCAGCUGGAGAUGAGCCGGGAGCCGGUCAACCUUGGUACGUCACGGGGAUUGGAUCUUUCCAACACAGGCCCGUAUGUCCAGGCAUAUUUCGAGCGAGUAAACGUCUUUUAUGCCUGCGUAAACCCAUACAACUGGAGCAGCUACUACCAAACCGCGCUUGCACACGGCUUUCGCGGAGGGCCGGAGAGCUGCAUAGUACUCCUCGUGCUUGCACUUGGCCACGCUGGUAGCACCGGAAGCAUAACGUUGCAUAACCCCGAGAAGGAUCCUCCUGGUUUGCCGUACUUUGCUGCAGCAUGGGAUCUGCUUCCUAGCGUAAUGACGAGGAACAACAUGGUUGCUGCGCAGUGUCAGAUCCUGGCCGCUGCCUACCUGGUGUAUCUGGUCCGACCUGUGGAAGCAUGGAACGUUCUAUCAGGAGCUAGCAUGAAGCUGCAACUUCUUCUGAGCGCCCCCGGAAGAGUAUCGCCAGCCGAAGAAGAGCUAGGCCGGAGGGUGUAUUGGAACGCAGUGAUGAUUGAAAGCGACCUUCUCGCCGAGCUCGACUUGCCACACUCCGGCAUCUCGCAAUUUGAAGAAGGGUUCUCAUUGCCUACCGGCUUUGAAGACAUGGGUACUGAAGCGGUGGGCCGAGAUGAGUUGUGGUAUUUCCUUGCCGAAAUUGCCCUCCGAAGACUCCUCAACCGGGUGAGCUCGAUGCUCUACAUCCGUACCACACCAUAUUCGAAAGGACCUGCCGCCACGUCGAUCGCCCAGUUGGAUCCCCUUGUGGUGGAAUUGGACUUCCAACUGAAUCAGUGGUAUGCUGGCUUGCCGCCUGCGAUGCAGUUCCCGCUUGACCGGGUGCCCCUGCAAAACCCGGUACAGACUGUACUAAGGUUACGGUACUUUGCCUGCCGGACAAUUAUCUUCCGACCAUACGUACUGCUUGUCUUGCAGGACGAGAGUCUUGCAUUGGAUUCUAGCGUACAGGACAAUUGCCACAAGUGCUUGGAGGCAUGUGUACGCCAACUUGAGUACAUUACUGCGCACCAUGCAGGCCAUCUACCGUACCUAUUCCAAGGCGCGCUAUCUAUCGUCUCGCAGACUCUUCUCAUUAUGGGCGCGACCAUGACCCAAUCAUUGUCACAGCUCCUACCUCCGCCAGCGACCAUGGACGAUAUCAUCAACAACGUUGUGCUAGAGAUAGAUCGUUAUGCACAUCUUGCUCCCAGUAUACGACUCUCUGCCGAGCUUGUCCGUGAAGCAGAGGGAAAGCGGCAGAUGUGGCUUCGCACCGCUGGACUCAAAUUCGACUCUUGACAGACGGACCUUGGCGACAAGACACCCACAUACUACCACGAUCCACCGUACGACAAACUCUGACCUGAGCUAAUCGCUCAGUCAGUCUUACGUGUUCAGGACGUUGUCCGGCUCAGAUCGUCAUGCAGACGACUCGACAGCACAGUUGAAAUCUAGAAGCCUGACGUCGCUCCACGCAUGCAACAUGCAAAGUUAUCACAUUCGCAGUAAUGCAGGGGACGAUGCAUGGAACAUUCUCUUCCACAGGGGUUUCUUCACUAGGUACCUGGCGGGCAAUAUGCUCGCUGGUA